GCCCAGGAAACUAGGGCUGGGCACCUUCAGUACUAGAGGGAGGUGGCGGACCCGAGUCAGGGGCCUGAAGAUAGGGCUUGGGCCCAGAGCAUGUUCCAGAUCCCAGAGUUUGAGCCCAGUGAGCAGGAAGACUCCAGCUCCGAAGAGAGGGGCCUGGGCCCCAGUCCCAUAGGGGACCAGCUAGGUCCCAGCCCAGCACGAGGCUUCCUGGGGGACACCAGUCACCAGCAGAGGCAGCUGUUCAGCAGCAGACACCAUGGAGGCGCUGGGGCUAUGGAGACCCGGAGUCGCCACAGCUCAUACCCCACAGGGACCGAGGAGGAAGAGGGGAUGGAAGAGGAGCCCAGCCCAUUCCGGGGCCGCUCGCGCUCGGCGCCUCCCAAUCUCUGGGCUGCACAGCGCUACGGCAGAGAGCUCCGGAGGAUGAGCGACGAGUUCGUGGACUCCUUCAAGGGUCUUCCUCGCCCGAAGAGCGCAGGCACAGCGACGAAGCUCUGGCAGAGCUCCAGCUGGACACGCGCCAUCCAGUCCUGGUGGGAUCGGAACUUGGGAAGAGGAGGCUCCGCCCCCUCUCAGUGAACUUCCGCCCUACAUUCCCUGAACCCUACCAACCCCGUCUCUUUUGACGGCCUUUUUGGGUGUGGGCGGAAGUCUUCUGCAGGCCUUGCACAAAAGGAGGAUCCGUUCUGUCCCAUUCGUAGGGAGGCGGUCUGACCUAGAGCCCGGAAGUCUUGGAAGUUUCGCCUGCCUCAGCUGCCGGCGGAAGUCACCCUGUCACUGGCGCUUGGUUCCCAAGGGCGCCUGCGCCGUGAAGCGCGCUAGGAUUAACCGUGCCGGUGCCAGUGCCCCUUAGCGGUGAGGCUGCACGCCUGUGCUCACUGCAAACGUGUUAAUAAUAAAGCCCGGCCUGUG